CACUGCAGCUGCAAUGCUUGGUCGCGCAUUAACGCACGGGGUGGAGUCCAGAAUGUAAACGCAUUCGAUUCUGGGGGGACGACACAACGGCGACCACAGCGUGUGCUGCUGCUGCCCGCUGGUGAAAUGCGCUCACACGCGUACUACGCCCGCCCACGUAGAUCUACUGCAGCAUUCCUCUAGAGCUGCGACAAAGAGCUAAAAGCAUGUGAUGUAUCCUAAGUGCUCGUGUGUUCUCGUUGCACUGGCCACGAGUACGCAGCUCGAGCAUGGCCGCGCAGCGGAGAUCUGGGGGCAACGAGAACGAAAACAUGCUCGAAAACAAACGAAAACACUCCGGCAAGCACGCACUACGAGUUGACGAAGGCGGAACCUGAUCAAACAGUUCCGAUGCUGGCCUAUGUAUACUGCAUGUACUCGGCAUGCGCAACAGCGUUUUUGCAAGCCGUCAUUUGGGCGAGUUGCUAUUGCACUCUAAAUUUGGUACGCUGCAACACGGAAAGGAAGAAAGAAGGCGAGCCGGCCAAAAGAAACAACAGUGCUGAUUUUUCUUUUUUUUAGCGCCCUGUUCUUUCUUUUGCCCGGCUAGGCUUGUUACUUCCUUUCCAUGUUGCGCUGUACCAGCUUUAGCUUAUCAGCUCAAGACGCCGUCUGUUUGCAAUGCCCACAUCUGCAUAGUUGUGGAGGAAGCUAAAAGCGUAGGCAGACGACGCAGACGACAACGGACCUGAGGUGUGCGCUGUACGAUCGACGACAACCAUGGCUGAAUAGAGGCGCUCAACCGCGCAUGCGCCACAACCGGGCCAUGUAAAGAGAGCCUCUGAGAUUGUGACGGCGCGGAUGCUAUCCCGGGCGCCGUGGGUCCUUUUCGUUUACGCAAGUCGAAGCCGCAAGAGGGCAAAAUGGCGUUGGCAGAAAGGCAGGGCGCAUUUGUUGCACAAAUCCCACUGAAUAGCUUUCCAGUUGUAGCCAACGAUCUGCGCAGCGCUCGCGGUGCCACUUACUCGUUCGUCGCUGCUGCAGCGCCGCUAUCUUGCGUACAACGCUAUCGACGUGUGUAACGCUGCCUUUAUGUGGACGCCCUAGCUGUGGUCGAAUAAGUGGGCUUCGCUACUGAUAGCUUUUGGACGGAAUUGUGCCUGAGGAUACCGCCAUGCCGGAUCACGGACAAGGACGGGUGCAUCGUUUUCGAGACCAUGUCGUCGCUGGCGUCAACUGGCGACCAACGCGGUUCGUCGACGAGGUUCCCAGUUCACGUGUAUGCGGCCUCUGCCGCACGAUCCCAAAACGGAUGGUGCUGUUGCCAUGCUCACACGCCCUGUGCCAAUCUUGCCACGCAGCCAGUCUCGCAGGGGGCGUUGGCCAGUGUCCAUUGGAUCAAGUGCAAUGCGACGAAGCGGAGUGUUUCACGUAUGAAUUCCCUACAAGGAUCGCGAAUACCUUGAAGGUGUACUGCUGGAACGAAGAGCACGGCUGCGGGUACACGGGCACCAUGGACCAUGUGCUGAAACACUACGAGAAGGAAUGCACAUUUCACACCGUGGAAUGUUUGCGAUGCGGCGAGGGAGUCCAGCACAGAGACCUGCCAACGCACUACGCGUCCGGAUGCACUGCCCGUGUUUCUGCCGCGGUCACAGAGUGCCCGUCCUCGGAACCUACAUCACUGACCCUUGAAGACGUGAACGCUGACAUGAAAAACCUGAAAGCGAUGCUGGGCGAUCUCAUCCAUGACCAGCUGCUGCCAGUGAUGCAGAGUCAGUUGAAUGAGCUUACAGAACAAGUCAGAAAGCAGGAAACCGGAUUCGCUGAAAUCACUCGGGAGGUCAGAGCGUCCGAGCGCAAUUUAAAGGGUGACAUGGCUCAAAUAGCAGCCACGAUCUCAUCUACUGUGUCGCACGAGCUGACCUCUCUGGAAAAUCCGGAGGAGGAAGCCGGCACCUCAUCGUCACUGACUUGGAGUCUCGAAAAGGCGAUGAUGUUUCGAAAUUCGGAACACUUAGCCGCCCGGUCAGUCAGUGCUCUGGGGCACUUGCGGCAGACUUCCGCACCACCUCAUUCUAGCGGUGUCAUUGCUCAUUGUGAGCCUCUGUACUCUAGCAUUAGGCAUUUAAGCAGUGUGCUGUCAGCGAGAGACAGACGGAUUAGUUUGACGUAUAUCCUGACCCUGGAAAACUGUAAUGAAAUGAUUUGCUGGCAGGGAUCGAGGAGAAAGUUUGCUGAGAUUAUGGUGUGGCAUAUGAGAGACACGUACUUUACGGUUGCCGCCUUCAAGUGCUUGGAUAGCGCGGCACCGGUUCUCAUUGUGGAGAUCGAGUUUAACGGGAUGCUGGCGGACUCUAGGUGUUCGCCGCCUUUUUGGCACAUGGAAGUGUGCGAUUAUGUAACGCCCAAGUGUCACUCACUUACUUCCCGUGCCCUGCCUUGUCUCUGCAACCGGCGUCCUGACUCGUUGCUACACUUUCACCUCGAAUUCCAUGUACGUAUUGCCUCGCUGAUAGAUGACGGUUUCCUCCAAGACGGAAAGCUAAAAUUUGAAAUCGCGCUCACCAACAGCGAGGUAGACGGUGGCGUCAAAGGAACACCCUAACGUUCGGCCUUCCAGAAUGUGUGAUGCACUGCUGGAUCGCGUUUGCCACUUCCCAUGUUUGUGGCAUGAGCUUAGGGAACUUUUUAUGGCAGGAAACUUUUGAUGGCCUUUCUCCUAAAUGAAAUUGGCACUGCGAAAUGUCUUUUUGAAAAUGUAAUUUCCUUUGUAACUGCCAACGUAAUCUUUUAUUACAUUACUGUCUGCACAUUUGGUUGUUUGUUUAUUCUGCUAAUACAGUUGGUGUUCCUUAGUAUUGUGCGCCUCGAGUGGUUUCUAACAUUAUGGCGUCCACCUGGAUAAUCUCUCGAAUAUUGCCGGCGGCUGCUAAUGCGAAUAAAUGGAAGGCGACGUUCGUGGUGAAUACUAAACUGUAGUACUGCGCGUUGCCCUAUAUCUGAUAUGUUCGGACAAAGUGAACGUUCGCAUUGCUCAAGCU